AUGGAUGAAGAAAAGAACACAACCGUCUAUACGAGUGGAUUUCCCCCAACUAUAGACGAAGAGGAAUAUGUUAAAUUUAUGACAAAAUGUGGAGUUGUUCAAAAAGAUCCGAGGACGGGAAAACCAAAAAUCAAACUUUAUCGAAUAAAAGAAACUGGAGAACCGAAGGGAGAUGGAACUUGUUGUUAUGUGAAAAUGGAAUCGGUUGAAUUAGCUUUACAAAUACUUGAUGGUUGGCAAUGGGAUACUGCCCAUAAAAUUCAUGUUGAACGUGCCAAGUUUGAAUUGAAAGGCGAAUUUGACCCCUCAAAGAAGCGACAACGUUUAAGUGGAGCUCAAAAGAAGAAAUUUUUAGAAAAACAAGAAAAAAUUUUCCAAUGGAAACCGGACAAGCCUCGCAAUUUCAGAAAUCGUUGUGAAUGUACUGUUGUUUUGAAAGGAAUGUUUUCUUUGGAAGAAAUUGAUCAAAAACCUGAGAAAAUUUUUAGUCUUAAAGAGGACACACAAAAAUUGUGUGAACAACGUUUUGGAACAGUAAAGAAAAUUGUUUUGUAUGAGUCAAAUCCCGAAGGAGUAAUAACAAUUACUUUUGAUAAUGUUGAACAAGCAGAUUUAACUGUAGCAGCACUUAAUGGACGUAUAGUUGCUGCACGGACAGUAAAAGCUUUUAAUUGGGACGGAAAAGAAAAAUUUAAAAGACAAGAAACUGAAGAAGAAAGGAAACGGCGAGAGAAUGCUUGGACAGAAUUUUUAGAAGAAAGUGAUGAUAGCGAGGAUGAUAAUGAUGGAAAAGAGAAAAAUAUUGAAAAAGAAAAAAAUAAUGGAGAGAAAAAUAAUUCUGAUGACGAUAAUUUAGAUAAAUAA